AAGUAAACAAUUCACCCACUGUGACUUGCAAGUGCCGAGGCCGCGUUAGUGUGAUAACUAUUUAUUUUUAGUUUUCAUUAAAUUUAAAAGUGGUUAUUUACCGCGGCAGUGAUCUCCUCGAAAUUCCCAAGCAAACGUACUUCUUCCUGCAAUAAAUCCUUGCAAUGGAUCGUUUACUCCGGUUAGGUGGUGGGGUGCCUGGCCUUGGGCAGGGACCCUCCCAUUCAGAUGCCCCCGUAAUGGAUACAGCUGAGCAGGUCUACAUAUCUUCUCUAGCUCUUUUGAAAAUGUUGAAACAUGGUAGAGCAGGAGUGCCCUUAGAAGUCAUGGGUCUCAUGCUUGGAGAAUUUGUCGAUGACUACACGGUUCGUGUUAUCGAUGUGUUUGCUAUGCCCCAAACUGGAACGGGGGUCAGUGUAGAGGCUGUUGAUCCUGUUUUCCAAGCCAAAAUGUUGGACAUGCUUCGCUUAACAGGACGACCUGAAAUGGUAGUUGGUUGGUACCACUCCCAUCCUGGCUUUGGCUGCUGGUUGUCUGGUGUGGAUAUCAAUACGCAACAAAGUUUUGAAGCUCUCUCAGAACGUGCAGUAGCAGUAGUUGUUGAUCCUAUUCAAAGUGUUAGAGGAAAAGUUGUUAUCGAUGCCUUUAGGCUGAUAAAUCCCAACAUGAUGGUCCUGGGGCAAGAACCGAGGCAAACGACCAGUAACCUUGGGCAUCUUCAGAAACCAUCUGUUCAGGCCUUAAUCCAUGGCUUAAAUCGACAUUACUACUCAAUCUCCAUAAACUACCGCAAGAAUGAACUGGAACAGAAAAUGUUGUUGAAUCUUCACAAGCGAUCUUGGAUGGAUGGCCUGACACUAACAGAUUAUGUUGAUCAUUGUAAACUCAACGAAAGCACUGUCAAUGAAAUGUUAGACCUUGCCAAAAAUUAUAAUAAGGCUUUAGAGGAAGAAGAAAAAAUGACUCCGUCUCAGCUUGCUAUUAAGAACGUCGGAAAGCAAGAUCCUAAGCGGCAUUUAGAAGAAAAAGUCGAUCUGCUAAUGUCAUCAAACAUCGUCCAGUGUCUAGGAGCUAUGCUUGAUACAGUUGUGUUCAAAUAAGUAUUAACAAACUACUUUAACUUAUCUUCCCCAGGAUGUAUUAAGGAACAGUUCGUGCUCUUGUUUUGGAACAAAAAUCGAUUAGUUUCAUUCUGGAAACACCCUCUCUAACCUUGGUGAGGUUUCAAAUUGAAUUGAAUUUUUAAAUUGUUGCUCUGCACCUAAUGUGAGUUUUUAGUCUUGUUCUAACAUCUCAAAUGCCUAAACAAAAGUCUGUGCAAUCGCAUUGUAUGUAAGUAGUGCCCAGGUAUGUGGAAAAAAUUUGCACUGUGCGAUGAGAGAAUAAAAUCCUCCUGCUUUCUGUUUUUUAAGAAAUUACUUUAGACUGUGAAGGACACAGCUGCAUUUCUACCUGUCAUUUCAUAUAAGUUUUUGUACAUCGUACUAUGUAUUAACUAUUUAAUUUUUGAAAGCUUUUAUUAUUUUUGUAAUAUUAAUUUUCAUCAGGUCUACAAUUGUCUUAUUUUGUACCAUAAACUGUGAUUAAAUCUCAUCUAAAGCAGUA